CCGACAUCUUUGCGCGUUUACGGUGAUGGUUCGAGCCAUGUGUCGCUGCCUUCGAGAGCUUGUAGAGGUUAUUGCCACAACCGUCUUCCUUGCAGGGAACAGCAGCUGUAGUUUGGUGGAUUUCUCCUCGUUUGCAUUCCUCUUGCCAUUUGGAGAGAUACCGUCGGCGAUUGGUGGACUCUUGCUGCACUACGUGCUUGUCUUCCCAUCCGACUACCAGGUGAACCUCACAACACGGCAAGAGCGGUUGGAAUACCUCCAGGAAAAGUUCCGCGACAUACCAGACUUGGCUGUGCAUCUCCGCAUGGUGAUGACAUUUACGCUUCAGGCGCUAUACCUAAUUAAUGCGUACAAAGUCAGCGACAAGGGGACGGUGGUCCCACAACACCUGCUCGAGGACAACACGGUGGAGUGCACCAUUCAACUUCUGUGGGAGAAGUGGUACGAUCACAUCGAUGACGACCCGCCGCAGGACAUUCACGGUCUCUACGGGGACUCGAUGAUUGGGAUGGAGCGGGGCCCGGCAGGGGGCUGA